AAAAAUUACUUUUCUGGAGACUUGAACAAUCCUCUCGCACUUUUCAAGGGUUGAAUCCUGCGGUGGUCGGCCUAAGGUGGUAGGCCGACCACCUAUGGAUUCAUGGUGGUCGGGCUAAAUAUUUUUUUAAUAUGUUUUAGGAAUGAAAAGAGUUGGGGAGAUUACAAAAAAAUUGCAACGUAGUCCUCAUAUGUGGAGACGCUGCUUCUAUUCAGCUAAGGCCAUGAAAAUGGCCGGAGGUUUGGAUCGAGUGAAAAUGGCGCUGACCCUCAAAUUUAUAUCAGGAACGCAUCAAACCCAUUUAACAAGCUUCGCAUAUAAACCCUUCUCUUUUUCUUCAACAAACUUUUCCUACGCUAUCCCCAGAAACCUUACUUCUUGCAUUUUCCCUGUUCGUAGAAACUUUUCUGAAACUUUCGCCUUGUGCGCUACUCAGACCAAUCCUUCUUUCGCCCCGGCUUCCGUUCCUGAAGACUCUCCUCUUUCUGGAGUAGAAGAUGCUUUGGCGAGCUACAUUUUGGGCAAGAAGAAAGCUACUGAAGUAGCUCACAAAGUCUGGGAACGAAUUGUUCGAAAAGGAGAUACGGUCAUUGAUGCUACUUGUGGCAAUGGUUAUGACACAUUGACAAUGCUCAAACUGGUUGCUGGUGAAUCACAGCAGGGUCGUGUUUAUGGAUUGGACAUUCAGAAAGAUGCCUUAGAGAACACAAGUUCUUUGCUGGAACAGUCAGUCAGCCCAAAUGAGAAAGAACUUGUUAAGCUCUUCCAAAUAUGCCAUAGUAAAAUGGCAGAAGUUCUACCUGAGGAUACUUUGGUAAGGCUUAUUGCUUUCAACCUAGGCUACCUUCCUGGUGGUGACAAAACACUAAUCACAGAGCCACAAACAACACUAAAAGCACUGAAUGCUGCAAAAGAUAUUAUAACUCCUGGAGGACUAAUCAGCUUGGUGGUCUAUGUUGGGCAUCCUGGUGGAUGGCAAGAAUGGGAGACUGUCCAAGAGUUUGCUUCUAAAUUAUCAAUUGAGAAUUGGAUCUGUUGCAAGUUACAGAUGCUAAACCGUCCAAUGUCUCCCAUUGUUGUUUUCUUGUUCAAGAAGUGUUGAAUUGACCAUUCCAUGUUCAUUGAAAAGGUCAUGAACAAAAUCAUUGUAGUUUCCGCAUACUAACCCAUUUAACAUUGUCAUUAGGAGAAAAAAAAAUGAACCAAAAAAAUUAUAUAAUGUAUAUUUAAUUGUUAUCUUGAAAAA